CUUCACAGCUAUCCAUCGACACCUAUAUCCCUUCGUUCCCUGUUCAACAAUCAAGCCGCUUCCUUUAAUGGCUCUGCAGAUUUCGAUGGCAAGGGCUCCAGUUUUGAUAGCCAAUUCCUCCCCUCAGGUCCAUACGUGCAUGACGGAAUAAUCUAUGAUCUACCAGAGUCUUGGGGCUCAGGUAACGACAAUGUCAUUGCAGACAGUCAAGUGAUCAGUCUUCCCGAACCGACUUUCACACAAGAACUGCAUUUCGUUUAUGCGGGUGACGCAGGCCAAGGAACUCACGAAUUCGUGGCCAAUUUCAUUCUUACAUUCACGGACGGCUCGACUCAACAAGUGCAGCGUGAGCCCUUAAAUUAUUUUUCCAGGCCAUAUCAUUUCGAAAACGGUACACAGAAGAAUUGGAAUUCAAGCCACAUUUUUCAAUGGUCAAGCUCGAUCUCGUCGGAGCACGCUCUUCGAAGUAUCACGUUGCCAUCAAUUAACACAGCACACAAAUUACAUCUGUUCGCUAUGUCCAUCUCACCAUCGACAGUUCUUUCGCCUGAUGUAGUGGAUGUGAAGCCGGCAUUGUCCAUUCGACGGGCAAGGUUCACCUCUCGAUGGGAAGAUUUUGAUGGAGUUCGAGCUCAAGCUGUGGAAGUAACACUGGCGAAUCUUCUCUCGACGUAUAGCCUUUCCCCAGAGACAUCUUUAAAUGCCAAGCACCAAAUAUACAUCAGCGGUUCUGGUAUCAAGACACUCUAUUCUGGUCUCGUCUAUCGGUUGGUCCCCGGGGAUCAAGUUACUGUAGACAUCUUUAUACUUGGCGCACAGGAAGGUGAAUCUGCAGAUGUUGAAAUCAGGGACUCCCAUGCCCGUGUAAUUGGUACAUCUGAGGGAUGGCCGACAACACCUUUGUUCGAGCACUGGACUCUGGAUACACAGGUUCUGGGGGCACACGAAACUCCGAUAUGGUGGAACCGCGCCAAGUAUGGUAUCUUCAUUCACUGGGGCAUCUACAGCGUUCCUGCUUGGGCUACGCCGUCUAAUUAUGCAGAAUCAUACGAUUGGUUCCUCCACACUGAUCCUGGCGAGGACAAUCCGACUUGGAGCCAUCAUUUACAGACUUACGGGACAGACGUCGUAUACGACGACUUUAUUGCCAACUUCACUGCGUCGAAAUUCAACGCAAGCGAGUGGCUUGACCUAUUUGACAACGCGGGUGCUAAAUACUUCGUUCUUGUCACAAAACACCAUGAUGGUUUCUCCCUCUUCGACACCGGAAAUUCGACUCACAGAAGCAGCGUAUAUCUCGGUCCUAAACGAGACUUCGUUGCCGAACUGCUCGACACUGCCAAGAAGGAGAAACCAGACAUGUACCGGGGUACCUAUUAUUCAUUGCCUGAAUGGUUCAGCCCGGACUACUCUCCCUACGGCUUUGGAGCGUGGCCCGGAGGCCUCGCGCACAACGCAUUUAACAGCUCGCUCCUCGAUCCCUACACAGGAAGGCUGAACAUCACCAAUUAUAUCGAGGAUAUCCAGCUGCCUCAUAUGCUCGAUCUUGCCAAGAAAUACGAAAUGGAUAUAAUGUGGUGCGACAUCGGAGGUCCGAACAGGACCCUUGAAUUCGCUGCCGAAUUUUAUAAUAACGCGCUCGCGCAAGGUCGACAAGUCACCAUCAACAACCGCUGUGGUGCUGUUCCUGAUUUUGACACACCUGAAUAUGCUACAUUUGGCGCUAUCCAAACCAGAAAGUGGGAGGCCAGCGAGGGGAUGGAUCCUCACAGCUACGGUCUCAAUCUCGCCACUAAUGCUAGCUCGUACAAGAACGCCACUAACAUCGUUCAGACCCUGGUUGACAUAGUGUCAAAGAACGGCAACUUCCUUCUUGAUGUUGGACCAACCGCAGAAGGAGAAAUCAUCGCCCCGAUGCAAACAGGCCUUCUAGGUGCUGGGGACUGGCUGAAAUAUGCCGGAGAAUGUGUAUACGACACAAAUUACUGGUUUCCUGGUUCACAGGACAUCUAUGCGCCGAUAGAAUCGACACCAGCGCGGUUCACAGCUACUCCAAACACGUUUUGUAUCAUCACCUUCGUAGCGCCUACCAAUGGUCAGCUAGCUGUCAAUCAGCGACUGCCAAUUCUUCCUGGGGACGAGGUCUAUCUUCUGAACCCCUCCAGUCCUUUUGGUCCUUUGCCAUGGACUGUUAAUGGAACUACAGGUAAUUUUUUCGUGGAUAUCUCUGGGGCAGACUUGGAGGCUAUACAACAUGCAUGGGCCUUCCAGGUGCGAUUUGGAGUAAAUAGCUGAAAAAAAGUAUAUUAAAUAACCU